AUGCCUCUCAUCGCAUCAACAGGAAAACCCCGCGUCAUCCUUGGGUUGAUGACCUACGGCCCGGACCUCAAAACCGGCGCGCGCAUCACUAGCCUCGACGAAUUCAACCAACAUCUGGACUACCUCCAAUCGCAGGGAUACCAUGAAAUCGACACCGCUCGUGUCUAUGUCGGCGGUCAACAGGAAGCAUUCACGCGCGAAGCUCGCUGGAAAGAGCGCGGACUCAAGAUCGCCACCAAGGUCUAUCCUACAGAGGCAGGACUACACAAGCCCGAGAAUCUGCGUCGGUUGUUCGAAUUAUCACUGAAGGAAUUGGGAACGGAACAGGUUGAUAUCUUCUAUCUGCAUGCGCCUGAUCGAUCAGUGCCGUUUGCGGAGACUUUGGAGGAGGUCAAUAAGUUGCACAAGGAGGGAAAGUUUGUGGAAUUGGGUUUGAGUAACUACACGGCUUUUGAGGUUGCCGAGAUUGUGACCAUCUGCAAUGAGCGAGGAUGGGUGCGUCCUACCAUCUACCAGGCUAUGUACAAUGCCAUCACACGAUCAAUCGAGACUGAGCUCGUGCACGCCCUCCGCAGAUACGGUAUCAGCAUCGUGAUCUACAACCCUCUAGCGGGUGGCCUCUUCUCCGGCAAAAUUAAAAGCAAAGAUAUCAAGCCCGACGAAGGCCGUUUCAGCGACGUCGCCAUUUCCGGCCAACGGUAUCGCGACCGCUACUUCAAGGACGAGACAUUCAGAGCUUUAGAACUCGUCGAGAAUGUGGCUGCCAAACACAAUCUUACGCUCUUGGAGAUUGCGUUCCGCUGGCUCCGACACCACUCCGUGUUGAAAUGGGACAACGGUGGUGAUGAUGGUGUGAUUCUCGGUGUUAGCAGUUUUGAUCAGUUGAAGAACAAUUUGGCAGAUCUAGAAAAGGGGCCUUUGCCUCAGGAUGUUGUUGAUGCUUUGGAUGAGGCGUGGUUGAUUUGCAAGGCUACAACCGCUCCUUACUGGCACAAUGAGCUCAAGUACACAUAUGAUACCCAAGCGGCUUUGUUCAAGAAGUAA